UUGCGGGAAAAUGUUUGACAUUAAAUACACUAGCAAGCGUAGACUGUGAAAAGUGUAGUCAGUUGUACAGCAACCUGUUAGUUAUGGUGGUUAAUAAACCAUUCGAGAAUGACAAUCAACUCGAGCACAAUGGAAUUCGAUCAAGACCACAAACCACGACAUGUUGUGUACAGCAAGAUGGAGACACUUAUUCAAGAGAUGCAGAACCCAAAAACUGGAGUUUCUGUGAAAUGUCAAAAAUCAUUUCUCUACACUAUUCCAUCUGUUUUUACUGGUGUUGAUGUUGUUAGUUGGUUAAAGAAGAGAUUGAAGAUAUCAGAUUCAGAUAGUGGUGAAGCAACACAUCUGGCUAACUUGUUGUGUAAAUUUGGAUAUUUUUUCCCCGUAUCUGACAGUAAAUUACUUGUUGUUAAAGAUGAUGCAUCCUUGUACAGAUUUCAGUGUCCCUAUUACUGGCCCUCCCAGUCUAUGGUUUCUGACAAUGUUGCUUAUGCAAUCCACCUAGCCAAACGAUCUAUGCGAAAUAAACAGAAACAUGGCCUAGAAGAUUUUGAACAGACAGCAUUGACCAAGUUGCAGAAGAUGUUAUGUGAUAAAUGGGAGUUCAUUUGUACUCAAGCAGAGGAUCAAGUACGAUUAGCUAAAGAACGUAAAAGAACAGAUAAACUUAUAUUAGAUAGUCAAGAGAGAGCGUUUUGGAGAAUACAUAGACCACCACCUGGUCAGAUAAAAUGUAUUGAAGAUGGACCUAAAAGAAAUUUUCAACCCAGCCAAAUGGCAAACCGAAAAAGAAAGAAUCGAGAAUUUUUACAAAAAGAGGUUAUACAUUUAAGGAAUGCUAUCAACAGAUGUAGACUUAAAACGUCUAAAGCAAUAGACAGUUAUUUGCUGCGAGUUGAACAGUAUGAAGACAAUGACCCGUUCUUGUCUGGUGUUUUGCCCUCUAAUCCGUGGAUAACGGAAGAUACAACCUUCUUUGAAACAAAUAGUGAUAUUAUUGAUACACCUACUGAACUGAGAAUAAAGAAAUGGGCUGUUAGUUUUCAUGAACUUCUCACUGAUCCACUGGGACUUCAAGAAUUUGAGAAUUUUCUGAAGAAAGAAUACAGUCAAGAAAAUAUACGUUUCUGGGCAGCUUGUGAGCAACUGAAAUUUUGUCCUGUGUCAGAAAUUCCUGGCAAAAUAGAAUGUAUAUAUGAAGAGUUUUUGACCACAGGCUCACCUCAUGAAGUCAACAUCGACAGUAAGACCAUGGAAAGUGUUCAGUUAAAUCGAAAAUUAAAGAAACCAAGCAGAUUCACGUUUGAAGCUGCAAAAGAACAUAUUUACACAUUGAUGAAAAAAGACAGUUAUCCAAGAUUCCUUCGUUCCGAGCAUUAUAAAUCACUGCUGGCAAAUGCUUUUGCCCCUUUUAGCAAGAAAAAAUUUUUUAAUUUUGGUUCAAGUCGAAAGAAGAAUAAUAAUUUGAGCUUAAGUCCUCAACCUAAGAGAAGGAGUAGUGAAGGGAAGGAUUGUUUUGAUUCAUCUAAUUCGAUUGCUCAUCAUUCUUUUAGUACUGGUAAUUUGAGGGAAUUAGAUGAUAGAACUGUAGUAUUUAGGAGAAGUAACGGAUCAGAUACCAGUUUACCAAGAUGUGAUUCACCAGGUGUUGUUCAUCGUCAGUCAUCGGCUCUUUCAAACAGAAUAGAAAGUCCGAGACGAAGUAAGCUAGAAGUUCCAAAACAUCUCUCGGUUAAUAUGUGUGAAAAUAAAACGGAAGCCACCACCUGUCUAGCUAUAGCAGUACCAAGUAAAACCAAUGUUGUUGCACCAUGGGAAGGACCAGAUUAAUCAACAUAGUUACCACUAUAUAUAGUAUCUCUGAUCUCAUUCAAACAGAUUCUAUCUAGUUGUAGUGUAAAUGAAACGGUCUUGAGGUUUGUUUGAAUGAGAUUUAGUUUUUAAAUAUUCAUUUUGAAUCUAAACUUGUACAUGUAUGAUAUUAUUAUGCUAGAGAAAUAUUUAACAUUAUAGAGUUAUACAAUGUUAUGACACAAUGGAAAGUGCAUGCAUAAUUCAUGUUAUUUUGUGCAUAUUGACUUGAAAUGGUAAAACAUAUCUUUUAAGUUCUGGGAUCCAACCAAUAACCAGUUGAUAUUAGUUUAUUGUGAUAGUAGGGAAAUAACUUUUGAUAGAAAUAUAUCUUUAAACAAUAUAUAUUGGAUUAUUAACUAUCAAUUAUUAAUGAUGUCUUUAUCGAUACAAUUGACAAUGUCUUUAUGAAUAAUGUUUUUGAAUAAAAGAAUUUAACUAUAUAUUAAUUUAUUAUUGUACAUGUAUAAAGGUACAAAAAGCCAAUAACAUUAGUCAUGGCUGCAUAGGUUUUUUUACACUCAUAGGUUUCUUACUGCUUGGUAUUUGUAGUUUGUACCAUGACUAACAAUUGCUCUUGUAGCAAAACACAAUCUGUAAAAAUUAUUUUAUCAAGAUGCAAUUAAUCCUCACUCAAUGUUUAAACAUACACUGCUGUAUAAAGUAUCACAUAGAUCAAUGUCUAUAUUGAUAUUACCUGUCACAUGCUGAAUUCUCAUCAAUAUAAAUAGCUGCAAUAGACCGUGAUAACAAAAAUUUGAAAGUGGUCUCAAAAAUUUUUUUUAUUUUUUUUUUAUUUUUACAGCAUUUUGUUUUUCUACAAAUAAAAAUGGUUAUAUAUUAUGAUAAUUGGAGAAGAAUCUGAGUAUGGUUAAAAUUAAGAUAUAUAUAUAUAUAGAAACAAAACUUUUCUUUUAGUGUAUAUUAUUCAUGGAGAUUUAAAAUCUUUCUUUAGGUUUUAGAGGAGUUUAAUAAUAUUAAUUGUAUAGAAUUUGUUAAUUGUGUAAAAUUAUAUUAUUGUAUAGAAAGUUGUUAAUUGCAUAUGUAUUGUUGCUCAAGGCUUUUUAACCUAUUAUACUAUAAUCUUUUAGAGGCAUUUAAUUACUAGAUAGCGUAAUAAACUACAACACAUACUUAUGGGAGAGAGAAAUGGGGUUUAAUGUCCACUCGAUACAAACUGUCAUGUCGGGACUAACACAUGGUUCAAUUUUAUUUCAAUAAUUCGCUUGCGCGUAGGGUUCUUUAGCAGUAGGAGGAAACCGGAGGACCUGUAGAAAACCCACAAGGUUGGACAGGCGACCUUACUCCUUGUCACGUACAACCGGGGAAUUUGGAAUCCCGCCAGUUGACUCAAUGACAGACCGUAUGAUACAGAGCGAACAUGCUAACCAUUCGGCCAUCCAACCCCCCACAUACUUAUGGAAAACAGCUACCGUACUAAUUUAUAUGGGGUGAUGUUUCAAAGAGUAUACUAUCUACGUUAUCAAUCUUUUAACUGCACUUACUACUGAGAGUAUACUCUUCAAACCCUCGCCCAAAUAUAUUAGUUGCUGUUUUCUAUAAGUAUAUGUUAUAGUUUAUUAUUAUAUUAUAUGUCUCUAUAAACAAUACACCAAACAGCUUUUUUGUUCAAUGUCAUUUAUAACUCAACACUUGUUAAAUUAUUACAUCUUUUUAUUACUUUGUUGUUCUUAUAGUUUAAAAUAUCUCAUUGUUCAGUUUUUUAUUUACCUUUUUUUAAAUUAUUAUUCAUAUAUUCUUCAACAUUCAAGAAUAUUUAAUAUCGUAUUAAAGGAGGCAAAUGUCUAACUGAAUAUCAUCCACAGUCUUUGACUUUGUAAACACAACUUGUUGGUCAAUUUAAAUCAACAUUGAUGUUGUUAUGUUAUUACCGUGAAAAAAUGGGCUUCUGAUAUCCAAUAUUUAAGACAAAAUGAAAAUUUUAAAAUUGGCACACGAAUCACGUGCCAGAAUGCUUUCGAGUGCCAUUUUAAAAUCUAGCGGCUCAAUGCACGAGGCUAAACAUAUCCCACAGGAGAAUACUACCGGUGUAGACUGAAAUAACCAGACGCUAAAGACUGUCAUGCAUCUUGGACUCUUUGCGUAUUCACCGAACAUAACCGAUUAGAAAUUACAGUAAAAACAGAAAUGAUUGAAUGUAAAUCAGUUUACAUUCAUAUUACAUUAUUAUAUGCUUUGCAACACAUUUGUGUCCAUUUCUAGGUGCCAAAGAAUAGAGAUUUAGCUCCUUUAAUCAAUAUAAGAUUGUUUAUUUCCCCCAUACCUUUAGAAGAAAGCAGGGAACUAUUGAAAUGGGUCCCGCCAGCUAGCUGUCUGUCCAUCACAAUUUGUUGGGACACAAUAACCCUGCCUCUAAUGGAGUGAGAAUUUUCUGCUUAGAAUAAUCAGGGAUAAGGACUUCGAUUUGUCAAUGCUUUUGGGACACAAUUACUUUGAUUCUAUUUGAGUGAGAGUGAGUGUAGUUUCAUUACAUCAAUACUUUGACUAAGUUUGAGAGUGAGCAUUUUAGGCUCAGGUUAAGCAAAGUGAUAAGCAAUUUAAUUAGUGGGGACUUUUGACCACAAUAACUUUGAUUCUGAUUGGGUGAGAAUGGUGGAACUUAGUCUAUAAGUCUAUAGUUUCAUUACCUCAAAAUUGUGACUAAGUUCGAUCAGCUAAGUUCUGCUUAGACCAUGUAUAGAUGAGCAGUUCAAUUGCUCAGUGCAAAUAAUUAAUGUGUGUCAUGUAUUUAUUUUGGGAUUGAGAUGGGGGGACAUUAGACUCACUGCCAGCUUGUUAACAAUAAUUCUGUUACAUAUAAUUAACACAUACAGUAUAUAUUUACGGGUGUGAUAAACAAUGUAUUAACCAAACUCCCCAAAAUUGUACGUGAUUUGGGAUAUGUUGAUGUUCUCAUCAAAUAUUCAGUUUCAAAUACAUUUGCUCAGUCAGUGUUGAUUUCAUUUGUUGUUCUAUAGGAACAUGUUUUUUUGUUGAUCAAGAUUUAUCGAAACAUUGAAGUCACCAUUGAAAACCCAUCUUUUAUGUGACCAACGAGGAAAUUCUUGAAAACACAUCAGGAACUCAGUGUUCAGUAAUCAUGUGUUAUAUAAAUCCUGAUAUUAUUAUUACAAUGAUGUGUUAUGUAAAUCAUGAUAUUAUUACAAUGAUGUGUUAUAUAAAUUAUAUUAUUAUUAAAAUGGACAUAUUUGAUUUCUCAUCGAGAUAAUUUAUGGAAUCUAUGAACCAACUCAUUCUGUUGCUGCCAUUUUCAUUAGUUAGAGUCAGACCUAUGAAAUAAUUUAUAUAGACCCAGGAACAUUCCGCCUAUUUAUAUUUCUUUUGUUGCUAUUAUCUAUUGCGCUUUUCUAUAUCCUUUUUGAUAGGCAUUUAGUUUUGAACAUAUUUAAGAAAACAAGGGUACACUUUUAUGGAUAAAUUCUGUAAUUAUAUAUCCAUAAAAUUAUACAUUGUGUCGGUGGGUUGGAUGCAAAAUAUUGGGGAUGGGGGGAGGGUCCUUCCUCCCAAAUUUUCUGAAUAUAACGUUCAAUUUCAACCCUAUAUCACCCAAACCAACAAAAAGCUCAAAUUUACAUGUUUCAUAGAAACAAAACAAUAAGUGAAUUUUUGAUGCUGUUUAUUUAGGGGAAUCUGUGGCCUCUGGGACCUACAAUGGAUCCGCAACUGCCUUGUGUUACUAUUGAAUAUAUCAAGUAUAGCAGACAUUAUACAGGGUAUAUAGCAUGUGUUAAAAGUAUUUGUUCUACCUGUAAAGACUGUUUGUUGAAAACUUGUUAAACUGUUUGAAUCAAUAAUGACCAUGGAACCUAUUAAUGGUUAUAUUUACUUUCUUUUAAUAUAUAACAAUUUUCUAUAAUUUUGUGUUUUUGUAUUUUAAAUAUAUGAUUCCUUAUUGCUGUGCUUCUUGGAAUAUUUUAAUAAAGUAAAAGGUUUUGAAAGUGCCAAAUAAUCAAUUUAGUCUUAGUCACUAUUGUAUCUUUUGAUUUUUUUUGUAAUUUUACAUUCAAGAAUUAUUAUAAAAAGAAAAAGAAAGUCUAGUCUUAUUGUCUUUUAUAUAUUCCAUUUUAUUGUUUGAUUUUGUGCAAUUUUACAUUCAAGAAUUAUUAUGAAAAGAAAGGUCUAUGAUGGUUUUGUUAUAACACGUGUAGGCUUCUGUUCUUUUACUUUUCUAAUCUCAUAUUACACAUUAUUUUAUGUAUAACAGGGUCUAUUACAGGGUAUUCUUUGGGGGACAAAAAACUGUUAAUGAUGGGUUUAUUAUAACACAGGGUAUGCUUCUGUUUAUAAUCUCAUAUUAUAAAUUAUUUUGGUUAAAGCAGCAAUAAGUCUCUGCCUUAUUUUAUUUUAAUCAUACUGAUUGUUGAAUAAUAAUAUUAAUUUAAACAUAAUUCUAAUAGUUUAAGCUCUGGUACAAGUUAUAUUCUGGAAUAAUGCCCAGUGUUUAUCUUACUAUGACAUCACUUACUGUAAACAGGUUACCAAUUUAAGAAAUAGAGUUUUCAAUUGUCGUAUUUAAAGAAAUGUGGAGGUUUAUAAGAUUCAAUAAUCAUGAGAGUACCCCCAUUGAAACGUUGGCAGUUAAUAAACCGAGUGAAUAUUUUCCAUAAAGCUGUUCGUUCGUUCGUUCUUGGUGUUUAACGCCUGCUUCCACAUAGUGAUAUCGCAGACAAGACAUAGGAGAGCCGAAGCUGAUUCCUGUUUUUUAGAAUAUGAUUUUGCAAUCUUUCCAUUUGGCCUUAGGCCAUGGAUUUGUAUAAAGCUGUCUGUUAUUCAAUAGGUUUAUAGAUGACCAAAGACUGGAUCUGAUUGGUUUUUAUAAAUCAAUAACAAUUGCUACUUUAAAACUAGGUUUAUUACAGUUAACAAAUGGGGUAAAAUAUGAGAGUUGUUUAUAAAUGAACUAGAAUAUCUUUAUUGUUGUGUUGUUAAUUUUUCUUAUCUAUAUUAUUGUAUAUAAAUGAAGAUUGUAGAUAAAUUACAAAAGAUUUUAACUUCAUUGAAAAUUAAUUUUAAAUUUGUAUUGAUAUACUUUGCAGCACCUUUUUUCUAGAAUUAUAUACACUUAGACAUCAAAGAAUCAAAAACUAUAGACAUUAUUAAGUCACAUUUGAAGAAGCAUCUAUUUGAUGAGAAUAAACAAUAAAUAAUUUACAUAUUAUGUUAAGUGCAUAAAGAACUUUAUUUGAUGUAAAUUUUUUAAUUUCUAUUGCAUGGUUACCCUUUUUGGAUGUUUUCAGAUUUUUUUAUAGCAUAAUUAUUCUUUACCUGCUUGUUCUGUCAAAUGACUUAUAAAUUUUUUGUUUGAUAUUCAUAUAGUUUUUACCUAUUUCUAUUUUUUCAAACAAGAUGUAUACUAUACAGUUUUUAUUAUUUAUUGCAUGGUAAUUUAUUAGUUUUACUCCAUGUUUAUUAUAGCUUUAUUUACACUGAGCUGGGACUUUUUCGAUGCCGUACUGUACAAAGGGGAAAAUUUGCAGCUUGGUAUGCUCUUAUUUGGUGCUGUAUUAAAACUACUGGGGAAGAUUCGCAGCAUGCUAGGCCCUUAUUUGGUGUCGUAAGUACAUGUAUUAAACUACCGGGAAAGUUUUGCACCAUAAUAAGCGCUUAUUAUAAGCAUAUAAACAUAAAACCAUCCAUCGGUUUGUACAGGACAGGUCGUACUCAUAUCACAAGGUUGUACAGGCAACCCUACUCCUCGUCACAUACAGGUGUGGGAAUCAACCUUAUGAUUUAAAAUGCAUGUGUUGACCAUUCGACUACCCCACUCCCCUGGUAUUACAGUACCAGUACCUUAGUGUAAAUACAGCUUAUAUCUUUACAUAGUGCUUUUAUUAUAUCAUUCAGUAUCUUUAAAGUGAUUAUUCUAGUUAAGUGCCAAUAUGGUUA